AUGGAACCAAGCACACCUGAAAAGGACCCUCGCUCCAAAUUAGUCGAUGAAAUUCUCAGCACCGGUAAGCGGGCGUUUGAUCCGUCAUCCGACGCUGCUUCUCGAACAGCCGCCCAAGAAGAAUUUCAAAAGCUCAUCGACGGGAAUGGCUCUUGGAACUUACUGCCUGUCUUGAACGCCUUGAUCAAGCCGAAAAUUGCGCCAGAAUGGCUACGACCGGAGCUCAUGAAGAUACUGACCCUGGUUCCUCUCCGACCUGACGGCGUGAGAGGAACCAUGGAGUUCAUCUUCUCAGUGCACCCGAGCAGCACCCUUAAAGCAUCCGAGGCAGCCACUCCUCAGAAAAGAGGCGCCAAUAUCACCCAGGAAGCCAUGGCUGUCGUCACUCGUAUUCUCACCUCCCCACCAGCAACUGUACCACCUGAAGAUUGGUUCUCAAAGGUUGCGCCCCAGUUGAUUGUGCUGCUGGACGGAAACGAAGGGGCAGAACUUAGUGUAGCAGCGGCACAGAUUAUCAUGUUUGGAGUACUGGGUAGGAAACAAUUUGGCGCACCAGGUAGUAGCCUUGCCUUCAUCCAGAGGCUAGAAGCCAUGCUGACGCUGCUUCAGGAACACCUGGGUGGAAUCAACAAUGUUGCGCUGCACAUCAAAACCGAAGAAACCGAGAUUGUUGAUUUGAGUGAAAAGGCCGUCCUGGUUACUGCCGACGAUCUCUUCAUCACAUUGCGCCGCAUGUCGUCGAUGAUUAACUCCACACCGUACCCAGCACAGACCAAAAGAAUGCUUGACCCGGUUCUCGCACAACUAUGGGCUAUAUCGUGUCAGAGCAAGGGCAACAAAAGAACCGAGGACCGAUAUUCGAAGCCAUCGAGAUCAUUGCUUCACACAUUCCUGAAACUAAGUGUUUCGGUGUCGAAGUUACAUGAGGUCGUCGAUAACCUGCUAUAUCAAGGAGAGUAUACCAAAACACCGCAGUGGCGAUAUCAAUCGAAUUCUGACGGCGAUCUUCAAAUAUGUGCCAUUCGGCUGGGCCAGGGAUCACAAGCCCCAGAACUAGACUGGACUGAGAUCCAGACACGCUCCGAGGCUCUCAUACGUCUCUUGACGGCGAGUUGCACGCCCGAAGAAACAUCGACCUUCUUUCUGGACCUCCUUGGCCGAUGGUUCCAAUCAACGGUCACAACCCAAAAGCCAGAAAUUUUCACCAAAGCGGAAGACAGCCAGGCUCAGGGUGAUAUCAAGCAACUUCUCGAGAUUACAAUCUUGCAGAACAUGCUGGAACAAAUCCCAGACAAGCUGAUCAGCCGCGUGACGCAAGUUACUGAGCUGGUGGCGCAGAUCCUGGAUCCCAGCGGCCUCCAAGACCAGUCUGACGACAUCAUCGCGGUUGCUUUAAGCUUGUUCAACUUAGUCAUCACAGCCCCAAGCUUCAAAAAGUCAAACCUGAAGACUGAAGUUCUACAAGCUCUUGAAACGUCCCUUGCUAAACUUGGCGCAGCGGGACGCCCUGAAGUUUCUCCUACAGCGAAGAACCUGACGCUCUUGCUAAGAUACCGUGAGGCUAUCGAUCCCGCAGAAGAGGGCGCUUUUGUGCCUACCGAUAAGCAGAUUGAGGACAGGCGAACGUACAAGCUUGCGCUGGAGUACAUUACUCAAGCAGAUAAUCCUCCGCCGAUCCGCUCCGAGGGAAUCAACUUGAUAUCGGGCCUAGUGGCCUCUGAUAGUUCUGUCUUGGACGUGCAAGCCACCCUCGUUCUCCUUUCGUCUCUACUUCAAGACAGCGAAGACUUUAUCAAUCUCCGGGUUGUGAAGCUUCUGACCCAACUGGCGAACAAACACCCCAAAGCAACUACACAGGAGAUCCUUGAGCAUUACCUGGACUCGAAGGAAACCUCGUCAACGGAUGUCCGCUUACGCUUCGGAGAGGCCUUGGUUCAAGUGAUCGAGCGCCUCGGCGAGACUUUUGCCGGUGACGUUGCGAGGCGUGUGUCUGAAACAUUGCUGUCGAUUGCUGGAAGGCGAGGUCAUCGACCAAAGACGGAGGCAAAGCAGUCCCGGGAAAAACGCCUGCAGGACAUGAAGAAGAAGCAGGCGGAGGAUGCGUGGGGAGGGGAUGUUCCAGAUCUCAGUGAUGAUCUGACCGAAGAAGAGCUGGCCAAGAACGAGAUACUGACCCAGAUUGUUGAGGGGUGGGAGAGCAAGAGAGGCAGCGAAGACGUCCGUAUGCGAGCAUCUGCUCUUUCGAUCUUCUCCGUCGGCCUCGAAACCAAUAUUGCGGGCAUUGGGCCCGACCUCGUGUCCAUCGCAGUGGACCUCUGCAUCAAUGUGCUGGCGCUGGAGCGGGAAAUCGAAAAAGGGAUCAUCCGGCGUGCAGCCAUCUUGGCUGUUCUGGGCUUCGUCAAGGCCCUUGAUGCUGCCAAACAAUCAGGUAGGAGGCUCGGUUUCGGAUUGACCGACCAGAGCCGGGAGGACAUUACGCGGACUCUGAAAUACGUUGCAGCGCGUGCCUCGACCCUCCCCACGUCGCGAUCUUCUCGCCACACCGCGAUAAUGGCUCCGGCCCGAAUAAUCGCGGACUCGGAUGAUUCCGACGAUGAUUUCGAAUCACCAAACAGUCCCUCGAAACCUACUACGACCUCCGCGAUACCGAGCCAAGGCCGCUCCUCCGACCCCGUUAGUGUCGCGACCAACUCUACCGACCCCAAGUUCUUCCAGGCCAUCUACACUGAGCAACAGCGUGCGGCAGUGGCCAGCGACACAUUGCGAAAACCAGACGAAUCUUCCUUAUCCAACGGUGCAGCGUCCAGCUCUAUACCAGCUAUGCCAGUAGCGGACAGACCGCAAUUGGAGAGGAACGACACCGGUACUUCCUCGCUCACCUCAGCCAGCGACCUCAUUGCGGGGUUGGACAGCGCCGAGGAAAGGGAACCAGAGGUGGUGGACCUUACGGAAGUCACAGCGUCGCCCAAGAUGACUGUUGCCCACGCGACUCCCGACGAUAUGUGGGAUGUUCCCAGCAGCCCCGUCGGGGGCGGCCGAGCGCCUCUCGCCAGUCUCGCAAAGAGCAGAACCUCAACCAGCGGGACGAAAAGAAAGCGAGUGAACAACGUGGAGUUUACGUCCCCGGUGGCCAUCGAUAUGCCUUCGCAGGGCUCCACGCAGCCGUUCGACACUACCCCGGCCGCCGCGAGGAUGGAGAACGGGAAGAGGGCCAAACUCAGGAACCCGGAUUCGUCGUUACCGGCCGAGGAAGACGACGUUGACAUGGUGGUGGUCCCACACGCAGCCGCGGUACCGUCGUUUGGCGACCUCGUCUCUGGCCAGAAGCCUGUUUCGAUGUACAUCGAGUCUCAAACACUGAGCGCAAGCCAAAAGUUGGAAUAUGAAUACCACUCAGUUGGCCCGUCUCCGGAAGAUCCAGCACCUACACCUACGCAGCCGUUUUCGACCAUGCAAGCUGCGGCUAGGUCCAGCGGAGCCACGACUAUCGCAUACUCUACGCCGAGCCAGACGAGAGCGAUUGGCUUGCCUCCAGCGCAUGCCGAAAGCCAUGUUACACUGGACACGGUUCAAGAGCAGACUCAGCAAGGUUUCGGGACAUCAGUUGAUCCAGAGGCAACAAUAGAGAUACAAUCAUCCCCGGAUAUCAUAUCUGCAGCAUCGGUCCGUCGGAAAAGAAGGAACGUGAGGGACGAACCGCCACAGACGACAGAGUCUCACCGGGAAGACGAAGGCUGGGAUUCCGACGACAUUGGUUUCCAUCGAGAAUCGUACAAGCCUCGUGUCAGUCGACGCAGAGGUAGUGACUCUAGCCGACAGGACGAGGCUGAAAUGCCAGGGAAGAUUGAGAUUCCCGUGGCUGAUAUGGGCCCAGCCGCGCAAUUGCCCCUCGAGGAGCCCGCUUCCCUAAAAGAGCCCGCUUCCCUAAAAGAGCCCGCUUCCCUAAAAGAGCCCGCUUCCCUAAAAGAGCCCGCUUCCCUAAAAGAGCCCGCUUCCCUAAAAGAGCCCGCUUCCCUAAAAGAGCCCGCUUCCCUAAAAGAGCCCGCUUCCCUAAAAGAGCCCGCUUCAACGAGUACGACGAAACCAAAAAAGAGAGGACGGCCGAGAAAGUCGGACACGGCUAUAUCAGAGAGCCCAGCACCGGCCGAGACCUCGACUAUGCCACAGAUUACCGAUACAAGCGAGACGGUGAAGGAUGCUGCCGCAGGAACAGAGGCCGCAACGGCAGCCACACCGACGACCACCAAGAAGAAGCGCGGGCGGCCAAAGAAGGCAGACAACAACGCAUCAGAAAGCGUGCAGCAAGCGACUGAGAAGCCGCAUGCACCUGAAGUGGAGCAUGCGGGUGACGCCCCAUCAGGCAAGGCGGCAAAGCGCUCCAAGGGCCGCGGCGAGCACGUCGAUGCGCAGCAGCAGGAAGGUUGCACAGCAGAUGCGGGUAGCGGGCCCCGAGAACAGGGCGGCAGCGAUCGGGUGCUGCAGCCAGUGACGCCUAAUGCGGCGCUCAGCAAGUCUGGUUCCGACGGACUGGGACCGCAAAAGAGCGCGGCAGCAGAGGGAAAAGGAGCGGCGACGAAGGAGACUCCUGCGCAGGCGGAUGGCGACAAGUCUGGGACGUCGGGUAAGGCAGAGGGAAAGCAGAGGUUGUCGACGCCAGCGCCUUUGUCGGCGACGAAGCCCAUCUAUCGGGUGGGACUGAGCAAGAGGUCGAGGAUUGCGCCGUUGCUCAAGUCGCUCAAAAAGUGA